GAUUUAUUUAUGAGAUUUCAACACCCCCACGGGACGAGGGCCCAGAUCUGCACCUGGAACCCCCAGGGUUCAAAGUUUCAUUCUUCAUAGUACGAACAAGACUUGUUCAAUGCGCUGACCUUCAUGAACCUGGCUCCUAGCAAGCGAGUGACCGUCCGGGUCUUGGACAGCUACAGCCUCAUAGUCUCAUGGUCUAAGAAGCGCUAUGCUACAGAUGCGUCCUCGAAUAGUGCUGUACAAGCAUCGAAGGAUCGACAGUUCCAUGACUAUUUUGUCACGCAUCUACCGUCGUCCUCUCUUCACACGGAUCCUCGGGGACCACUAACGUCUUUCCAUAAACUGCCUCGUUCAGCCUCUGUCCCACAUACGGGAGACACUUCGCACCCUCCAACUUCGCUUCAAAACCUUGUAAGCCGUGAAACUACAGUCGUUCGCAUCCCUCUCCGCAGCGCGAAGCAUCAUUUCGGAGUCUCGACUAGUCGCGGUACUCGACCAGCGAAUGAGGACACCUUCCAGGCAGGCGUCAUUGAUAUUCCUGCAUUCGCAAAACGACCUCCGCCGUCUCUGACAAUCAGGCGGUCCGAGGGUGGGAACCCCGACUCCCCGCCUGAGAACCGCGCUGCAGACAGUGCAAGAGGAGAUCCACAAGUGUUCUACUAUGGAGUAUUUGACGGGCACGGAGGGUCAGAGUGCAGUGAAUUUCUGAGGGAUACGCUUCAUGAAUACAUUCAGAAUGCGGCAGCAGAGUUCGAGCUAGAGUCGAGCUUAAUAAAAAAGCCGAAUCCUCAUGAAGAUGCGAAAAAUACGCACAGGUACAGGCCCGCAGAACUAUCGCACGGUCAUUUACCCAUCGUGCAGAGAGGGAAUCGGCAUAAAAUUGACGAUUUGGAAAAAGCGCUGGUGAAAAGGUGGAGGAGUCUCGUGGGUGGCUAUUUCAGGCGGUUUGUGCCAGCGUACUUCUCAUAUUUCGGACACGAGCAUGGAGCUAGUCGACAUGGGACAAGUGGAGGUGUCACGAUCGAAGAGGUCCUGGAGUAUGCCUUCUUGCGCGCAGAUCUCGAUUUCGUAUCUGCUCAAGCGGCAAAACGAGAAGAUGAUUUGAUCCAGGCAGAUCAGCCAUUAAACAACGACGAUAUUCUUUAUAGCCCCAGUCGAUCAUCCUGGAUCGGGGGGAGGAAACGAUUCAAAGGUGGAAGCACGGGCAGCAUCGCUAUGCUCUCAACUCCCACACCUCUUCCUUAUUGGCAUCCAUCUGCAUCGUCAAGCCUACUAGUGUCCCAUGUUGGUGACACUAGGAUACUAUUAUGUUCUACUGCCACAGGCGAAGCCAUUCCUUUGACAUCGAAUCAUCAUCCUUCCUCGCCUGUUGAAUUGAGUAGGCUGCGGCGAUAUGCAGCGAUGUUCGUGACCGAUUCUUUCGGUGAGGAACGUCUGAGUGGACUGGCCAACACUCGCGCGUUUGGUGAUAUUCAGUCCAAACGGCUUGGGGUGUCGGCAGAGCCAGAGAUUAGACGUGUCGAAAUGGGCCCGGCCGAAUUCUCCUUUUUGGUUCUCAUGUCAGAUGGAAUCAGUGGUACACUUCUUGACCAGGAGAUUGUCGACAUCGUCAAGGAAGCGAAGACCCCGGACCAAGGAGCCAAGGACAUAGUCAGCUUCGCAACGGAGGUAACCCAGGAAGGAGACAAUGCAACUUGUCUUGUCGUCCGCCUGGGCGGGUGGGAACGACGACUCGAAGGAGGCUUGGGAAGUAUGGGCACCAAAGAAUCCCGAGAUUGGCGGCGGCAAGACGCUACAGAUCCGCGCAGGUCACGGACAUGAUGAUAAUAAUGUGAGCUAUGGGUUAUACAUAUCUUGCCAUUUUAUGGCUGCUUUUUGUGUACAUAGAUUAGAUCAACUUCUAUUUUUCCCCCUUCCCUCUUUCGCAUGCAUUGCGGGUGUCUUUUCGGGAGAAAUGAUAAGAAUAAAUUUCCACCACAAGGUUUUAUGUUCC